AUGACAUGUACUAGGUGGUUUUGUUCUCUUCGAAGUUCAGGUAGAUCACUGAGAGAAUGCGAUGAGGAAGAAAACUUGUGUAGGAAGCCAAACGUAAAUGAAGAAUAUCUCCAAACAUUUAGAACAAAGUCUUUCAUUGAAAUAUGCAACAAAGCACAAGUGCAGUUUGGGAACACAAGAAGCCUCUCUUCAUCUUGUUCAACAUCUUCUCCUCCUCCUAUACGCAUUAAUCUCACCGACUCUUUGCUCGAACCCCGACAAGAAAUCAUUACAAACAUGACACGUAAUGUUAAGGUUCAUCAACUUCUAGUUGAGUAUUUCGAAGCUAGCUUAGAAGCAUGUCUUUGUUGUGACACAAUCCUUCAAGGAAUCCACUCAACAAGACUUUCUUAUACAAGAAUCACACGAGCUGUUAAUAAUUUCAAUGAUAGCACCAAUGAACAAACAAACACUACACCAAAAUAUCACAAAUAUCUUGCUUCAUUUUCAUCAAAAUUACAAAACAACCCUUUGUCUGCUAUUACUAGUACUACAAUGCAGUUUCAUGAUCUUCAUGAUAAGUACAUUGAACUUCUUCGUAAGCUAACAUCAAAGAGAAAGAAAAUCAAAAGAAGAUUAACAUUGAUUAGUGCUUGCAAGAAAGUUGGAGGAAUUGCUCUAGUUACUUCACAUGGUGCUAUUCUUAUUGCUUUAUUGAUUGUUUCUUUGCAUAGUGUUGUUGGAUUAGUUGCUGCACCAAGUAUUGUUGGAGGUUUAGUUGGUUUGUUCAUAAAGAGAAUCAAAUUUAGGAUUAGAAGAAGCUCUAGUUAUGAAAGACUAUGUGAACAACUUGAUGCUGCUGCGAAAGGAGUAUUUAUAAUGAUCAAUGAUUUGGAUACUAUGAGUAGGAUGGUGAAGAGGCUGAGUGAUGAAGUGGAAUAUAGGAAAAUGGUUGCUGAUGUUUGUGUGAAGAAUGUUGGUAGUAAAUGUGAAAUACUGAAGCAGGUUAUAAAUGAGUUUAGUGAUUAUGAGAAUAGGUUUUUGGAGCAAUUGGAAGAACUUGAAGAACAUGUUUACUUAUGCUUUCUCACGGUAAACAAAUCCAGAAGUCUUGUUAUGCAACAAAUUAUAUAG